AUGCGAUACGAACGCAAUGAAUGGCCAUCGUAUAAGUCCGAAAUGCCUUUAGGUCAAAUACCUGUUCUCAAAGUCGAUGGAGUUAAAUUACCUCAAUCGAUGGCGAUCGCUCGUUUUCUUGCCAAACGAUUUGGUCUUUGGGGUAAAGAUGAUCUCCAACAAGCUAAUGUCGAUACCGUCGUUGAUACAAUUGUUAAUUUGAUGAACAAAUUUUCGCCAAUUUAUGCCGAACAAGACGAAAGCAAGAAAAAAGCAGAGAUGGCCAAGUUCUUCCCCAAUGAACUGCCGAAACAUGUGCGAAACCUCGAUACUUUGGUUAAAUUGUAUAGCGAUGGAGGUUUAUUCUUUGUUGGAAAUCAUCUCACUUGUUGUGAUUUAGAAGUUUAUAAUAUAUUGGAAUAUUUGCUUCAAAUCGACGAAAAUGUUCUUUACUCUUAUUCUUGGUUACAUAAAAAUCGUGAAGAAGUCGAGAAACAACCAAAAAUCGCUUCUUAUCUCAAGAAUCGACCGGCGCGCCGGUCGACAACCUGCUGA